CGUAUGAAAAGCUCUUUUGUUAGUAAAUCGUUGUCAGCAAAUCAAUUUUUUGCCAAUUAGACAACAUCUGUUGACCGUGGUGAUUGUAAACAUGCAUGAUGUAAUAGUGCUGAUAAACGAUAGCAAUCACCGUGUUUUCUUUCUGUAUCUUCUGCCGACUUCCUUUAAAAUUAGUAUAAUUUAAGUAGGUGUAAUUUCAACUAAAUUCCGUUUAUAAUGAGUCUCAGAGUUUUCUCAAGGUUGAAUUCUUUAUUGAAAGUGCAAGAAACUUUACUGAUUGGAGGUCGCAGACUAGAGAGUAGCAAUUCUUUUAAAAUUCAAGACGUUAAGGACUUUGAGGAAAGAGUGAAAAGUAGCAAAAAACCUGUGAUUGUAGAUUUUUUUGCAACAUGGUGUAAUCCCUGCCGGACUUUGACUCCUCGCCUAGAAAGUGUAAUUGAGGAGAGGAAGGGAGAGGUACUACUGGCUAAAGUUGACAUCGACGAAAACACGGACCUGGCAAUGGAUUAUGAGGUUGGAGCAGUUCCGGUUUUGCUUGUAAUGCGAGAAGGAAAAGUUCUCGAAAGAUUAGUUGGACUCCAAGACACUGACAAACUGAGGAAAUUUAUCGACCAAGCAAUAGAAGCUCCAGUACCCAAAUAGUCUGUUAUGA